AUGGACGAAGCAGCAGCUUUGGUUCUGAUGCUGUCAGUAAUGGCAGUGCUGUUGGUUGGUGUGGAGAGCCAGCAGAGGGUGUGUUACUCCGGUCCCCCACCGGAACCUGAUUCUGAUAAUCCGGAUGACUGGAUGAAGCAAGUCAUGCCAGAGAUACGGAAGCGUUGCCCGGGAAGGAGGCAACCCACCCCAGCUGCAGAGUGUUCAAGUCCGCAACCCCUAGGUAUGGUUAACGGGACAAUCCGAGAUGAUCGCAUCACGGCGUCCAGUAGUUACUCCUGUUGCCCUGCCAGUGAUGGACGCCUCAACAAUAACAACGGAUGGGUAGCCUAUACUUUUGAGGAUGCCAAUCCCUGGAUCGAGGUGGACCUCGUUGAGCCGACAGUGGUGACUGGGGUCACCACACAGGGACUCUACGGUUACUAUGUGACUGCGUACAAGGUGGCGUACAAGAAGCAGCCCUCGUCUGAACGAGAACACGUGACAGAUGGAAACGGAAAAGUCAAGGUGUUCGUCGGUAACAUUGAUGGCAACAACCCGGUCACUAACCUGUUUGACGAGAGUGUGGCGGCCACGGUAGUGCGCAUUGAGCCUACUGAUUGGCAGCAUGAAGCUUCCUUGCGAUUGGAGCUGCUUGGAUGUCGCCGUGGUUAA